UACGUUGUUAGCAAUCAGAUAGGCGGGGAACGCUGAUUGGGCUAGCCAGUUUGAUAUGAAUAUUAUAUAAACAUUUAUUGAUAUCCUCAUCAAGUAUCAUCAAGUAAUCAGUGCGAGAACGUAGCUCGUCAGUUAAAUAAAGUGCGACAUUUUAAAAUGGAGAAACUAUCAAUAUUAAUAAUAAUUUGGACAAUUUGUACUUAUAGUGCAGAAUGUAAACCAUUGACACAAAGUGUAUCCUUCCCGAUACCGACAACAUUUCUAACACCAACACCUAGAAGAAUGCAAUGCCCGCACAAAAGAAGUACUAAUUAUAAGAGGAUUUUCCUCAACGACGACCAAAUGCAAGAACUAUAUUUGGAAUUGUUAGGAAGUAUGGACCAGGGCAUGUUUGCUAAGACUUUAACUGACGCAGAAGCGAAUUUUCAUCACAUUCUUCUUCCAUCGUCAUCAAAUAAAACUAAACAUUGGCGACGUAAAAAUCACACCAAAAAGUCUGAUUUCAUCAACGACUUAAAGAUUUAUCAGUCGUGGUAUAAUUCAAUGGUAAAAGAUCUGACAGUAAGCAAUGAUACGAUCGAAAAUGCCGAUGCUCCUCUUUACCACGAUUUCAAAGAUGAACUUGAAGAUAUACUGGCGAAAAUAGAUAUAACUAAAAAUCAGUUGAAACAAGAACUUGGCCUUAUACAUGAUAUUGAUGAACUUACAGCCUUUCGGCUGUCAAAUACAAAGCGAAUAAAAAGAGGUACCAACACUAUAGGAGCUAUUCGCUCUCGGACGGAAUAUUGUCAUAAUCGUGGCAGACCUACCGGGACCAACUACUUACACUUGUGCACUACAUGCGCCGUUACGACACAGUUUCCUGAAGACAUUUUCCCGAGAUAUACAAACGAAAUUAAGUGUGAUCCAACAGAUUGUAAAUGUUUUCAGGCGACAAAAACUAUAGUACAUGGUAAAUGUCAGCCCAUAAUAAAGAACGUUAUUAUGCUGAGAAGAAAUCCCGGAGGAUGCAGGAUGACUAUAAAGAACGGACAAGAAGUUUUUACAGAUGAUUUUGAAAUGUAUCAACAACCUUUACACGUGGGUUGCGAGUGUGUUCUGAACAAAAAUUCUCUUUACGCACCUUUGGUACCGAAACAUUAGAAACAGGAGAACCAUGUUUAGGUUGAUGUUGGAAUAAAACAUUUGCCUGAAGUCGGCUGUAUUUGCAAUACAUGCGAUGAAGUAUUUUUAAAAAAUGAGUUGGAUGGCUUUUAAAGUUAUCGUUAAAAGCAGCAAAAAGAUCGUUUCAAAUGUUUUUUGUUGUACAUGUAUGUAAUUGCAUGAAAAAUGUAAAAUAAUACAUGUAUAAUAUAACCGACAAAGGGGUAAUGUAAUAACUAUCAGUUAAGAACUGAGAUGUUUUGUACAUAUUUUUUAUAUUUUAUUUGUUAUUUAUUUCGACUGUACUACGGUCGUUAAAUGUUUUUUUCCGGUCUUUCAACUUUCAACUUUUAUCCAGAACAAGGCCCGGUUGGGGUCUGUUUGAAUGGAUUCCAAUACUGUUUGUAACGUCGCAUUUUAUUGGACAAUACUGAC